AUGGAGAGAGACAGAGUAACUACAAGCUUUGCUCGGAGGCCAAGCAGGGACUCCGCCACCUUCGCCGACCAAGGCCGCCGCAUUGGCCGUUGCGAGCUGAGCAUCUUCGACGCCGACCGCUGCUUUAAAGAAGAGCACGACGCCAUCAGGCGGACCAUAAUUCUCAACGGACCCGCCCAAAAAUGCAACCUUUCUGCCCAACGGAGCGGCUUUUCGCUCUCCUUGGUUGAUGGUCAUGCGAGGCACGGCCGGACCUGUUCGUUCUACGCGACGCCGACCGCCUCGUCGGAGGUCAGCUGGAACAGCCAUUUGGGCCUUGCCCUUGACGGGUCCGUCGCCGUCACCGCGAGUGCCUUGCGCUUCAAGUGGCCCUCCUCCGUCGCCCGCCGCCUAUUCGGUCGCAGCUGCCCGUGCUCGGGGAUGAAGUCCGUCGUCGUCGAAGAGAAGUGCUCCCAGCCCAGAAGCCCGAUUCGCUCCGGUUUGGAUUUACGGACGUCGCCGUCCUCUAAAAAUCUCAGCUUUAGUACACGGGAAGUGGGUCUCAGUAGCAUCCCGGAGGCCGCGACGCGGGAAGAGAUCGACAACGAGUUUGGCUCCGGGAAGACGAUAAAGGUGAAGAUAACAACUCCAGGGAGUCCACCACAAAAUCCGGACCUUUUCUCGCUAGAGACGCCAUUUUCGGCGGAAAUUGGCUGCCGGAUGGCUAAUUCCAGCAACCUAUUCUGCGAUUCCGAUGGCUUCUCUUUCUCCAUCUUGAACCCGUCCUUUUUCAACCUCGCCGAAGAGCCACCACGAACGCCCCUGGAGGCCUUCCAGCCAUCAAAGGAGACGGCAGUUUUCCCGUUCUCUGACCAUGCGCGCAUCCCGAAGCCACUGCCGGAUGACGAUGCCGCAAGCGACGCCAGCUCGGACCUUUUCGAGAUCGAGAGCUUCUCCACCCAGACGACGUACCGCCACCGCGACUCCCUCGACUCCCGCGACCACCUCCUCGAGGCCCCGCCGCCGACCGGGGUGAGCGUCACCACCGCGGAAGGGCUCGACCGCGCGAGCCUCGCCAACUUCCCCAGCGCCGCCUCCGCCUGCGGCGAGCUCCGCUUCGCGGCGGCCGCGGGCGGCAGGUGGAGAGGCAGCGGGCUUCUGAGGUGCCGAAGCGAGAAGGCGGUGAGCGUGGGGCCAAACCCGGUCCGAGUGUCGUCCCCGGUCGGGUCCGACCCGCAUCGUCGGGCGGUUCGAACGCGCUAA